AUGCGGUCUUUCAUUCCUUUCGUGCCUCUGCUGGCUACUUCCGCAGUGGCAGCUGCAAUUGAACACGUGCCUCGCGCAACCGUCACCACUGCAGCUUCGGGAAAUCCCUUCGAGGGAUACCAGCUUUAUGCGAAUGCGUUCUAUGCAUCUGAGGUCUCGGCGUCAGCCUUGCCAUCCAUGACGGGUGCUGCUAAAGCGGCCGCAAGUGCAGCCGCCAAAGUUCCGUCCUUCUAUUGGCUGGAUACUGCAGACAAGGUGCCGACAAUGGGCGAGUUCUUGGCCGAUAUCAAGGCUAAAAACGCUGCUGGUGCUAACCCACCAAUUGCCGGCCAAUUUGUUGUUUACGAUCUGCCUGAUCGUGACUGCGCCGCUUUGGCUAGUAAUGGAGAGUACUCCAUUGCCAAUGGUGGUGUUGCGAACUACAAGGCGUACAUUGACUCCAUCCGUAAGAUCCUGGUGGAGUACUCUGAUAUCCAGACUAUCCUUGUCGUCGAACCUGAUUCUCUGGCUAACUUGGUUACCAACAUGGGUGUGUCGAAGUGUGCCAAUGCACAUGACGCAUACUUGGAGUGCACUAAUUAUGCUGUCACUCAGUUGAACUUGCCUAAUGUUGCCAUGUAUCUCGAUGCCGGACAUGCUGGAUGGCUCGGAUGGCCCGCCAACCUGAGCCCAGCAGCUCAGCUGUACGCCAAUGUCUACAAUACCGCCAAUAAGCCCGCAUCUCUGCGCGGCCUUGCCACCAACGUUGCCAACUACAACGGCUGGUCUCUCACUACCUGUCCAUCUUACACCCAGGGAGACAACAACUGCGAUGAGAAGAGAUACAUCAACGCCCUUGCUCCCCUGCUUAAGAACGCAGGCUGGGAUGCUCACUUCAUCACUGACACCGGCCGCAACGGAGUCCAGCCCAGCCAGCAGAAUGCCUGGGGCGAUUGGUGCAAUGUCAAGGGAACCGGUUUCGGUGUUCGACCCACUACCAAUACAGGUGAUGCCUUGGCCGAUGCCUUUGUCUGGGUGAAGCCCGGUGGUGAGAGUGAUGGUACUUCCGAUUCCAGCGCUGUUCGCUACGAUGCCCACUGUGGCUAUAGCGAUGCUCUUCAGCCUGCCCCUGAAGCUGGUUCAUGGUUCCAGGCAUACUUCGCUCAGCUUGUGCAGAAUGCUAACCCCGCCCUUUAA